AUGAAACAACAAACCUAUUGUUAAACACAUGCUGGAUUUGCACACUAAUUCAUAAUUUUGAAAUAAGGUUCAGUAAAAUUAGCUUGUGGAGAAUGCAUUUAUUCUUUAUAAGACAAUUCAAAAAAGGUCGAUUUUGGAUAAAUCAUUUCUAUAUAGAAAGUAGAUUCAAAUAUUUAUUUUAGGCUUUAAGUUCUCCUGAUACUCUAAUACAAAAAUUGACAGCUUAGGAUAAAUUUAGUAAUUUAUUUUAAAACCUUACAAAUCUAACAGGAGAUGAAUUAAAAUAAGAACUUACAAAUUUUGAAAAAUCAUUAAGACAGCUUCAAGCUUAUAUUGAUGAAGUAAUAUUAAAAGCAAAAGAACAAGUUGAUUUCAUUAUCUAGACAAGAGUGAACAUAAAAAAUGAUCUAAUUUAAGUACUCAAAAUAUAGUAAUUAUACAUUUUAGAAAAUUAAAUAUCCGCAAUUCAUAAAAUUAUUGGAAGAAUUAGGUAGCUCACAAUAAGAAGGAUAAUAUGAUAUUUAUCAAUAGAUAGAAUAAAAAUUAUCUUUGCAUUUAGAUGAAUUAAAUAAUGGAAAUACUAAUGGAUUAAAUGGAUAUUUAGAUGAAAUACUUGUAAAGUAUAAAAAUUAAUUGUAAGAAUCUUUGAAAAACAACUUUUAAAUAGAAUAUUUAAAAUAAUAUUCAGAUGCAUGUUUAAAUGAAUAUAAAGAUUUAUUUUCUAGAAUAAGAAAAAGUUAUAUGUUAGGUUUCAUAGAGAUGACCUCGAAUCUAAUAUCAGAUGAUUAUCUGUAAAAUUUGAUUUAGAUAAUAAUGGAAAAAAAUCCUAAGCCUAUCAAUUAACUUAAAUUAAUAUAUUAAGGAACAAAAGAUGGUUUAAAUUCUAAUUCUUUCUGGAAUAAAGUUAACAAUAAAUCAAAUUUAAUAAUGAUUUUUAAAACUAAUAAAGAUGUAAUUUUUGGAGGAUACUCACCAUGUAAAUGGUAAUAAAACCUUAAUAAUUAUGUUGAAGAUCCUACUAAUUCAUCAUUUAUUUUUUCUUAAAAAGAUUAAUAAAUUUAUCCAAUUAAAGAUUAGAAAAAAAAGUUUGCUAUUUAUUGUUCUUAAAAUUAUGGUCCUACAUUUGGAAGUGGCUUUGAUAUUUAAAUUGGUCCUAGCUUUUAAUCUGGCUAAUGUAAACUUGGAUAAGCAUAUCAUGUUGAAUAAUAAAAUUUUAAUCCUAAUUAAUUUUUUGGGAAUCCAAUUCCUAACAUAGUAGAAUGUGAAAUAUAUGAGAUUUUAUGA